AAAGACUAGAUCAUAGAUAAUACGUUUGCAAGUCCUGGAACAGCUGACACAGUCAGCUUGUCAUAAAUGUCAAGUCAACUCAUGUAAAUGUCACUUGCUUUGCUUUGCUUUGCCUUGCCUGCUGAUUUUCCACAUUGGUAAAUGUUUUUGUUUGGAAGAGUAUAUUUAUAUUUCAAUUAUUUACGAUAAUGGCUACAUCAGAAGAACUCAUGUUAUUAGUUAAUGAUAAAAUAACCUUAGGCGAAAAUCUUGUAGUAAAAUUGGAACCAUUAAAUGAAAUAGAUGGAGUAACGAAACUGCAAAGAAAAAUAAAGCAAGAAAUAGAAUUCCUACGAAAGUUGAAAAAGUCGAAGAAUGUGAAAAUUGAACAACUAUCAUGUUCAAAUCUCCGGCACCUAGGCGCGAUGGUUGAGUUGACUCUAAGACCUGGAGUAAUUGCAGUGUGCAAAAUCUUUCACAUUAAUGACACGUCAAAAUUAGUAAUUGAUAUAAUUAGCGAAGAAGGAAGAGUAUGGACAAAAGUUAUUGCUAGGAACCCCAAGUCUCUUUCUGCCCUAAGUGCAGGAAAAGCUUCAUAUGGAGCUCGCUCAAUAUUGGAUCAAGCAGAAGAUUAUCUCGAAUGUGCUAAGCUUUACCCAUGCAUGUAUAAACCUCCCAAGGUUAUCUUCGAAUUUAUGAGUGGAAUUGAAGAAAAUUUGGCUAAUAAACUAAAAUCUGUGGGUGUGACAGUAAAAGGGGAGAUAUUGCCUAAUUCAAAUCUAUCGCAAGAUAUUAAGGAUUUAUGGAGUGAAGAGUCUAGUGAUGAAGAAUGUAGACAACAUAGUGAAGAUUCCUCAUUGAACCCCAUGCCAGAAUGUAUGGAUGAGCAUCCAGAAAUUAAGACUCUUAACUUAGAUGUAACUGCAAUGAUGGCAUAUGUGAGCAAUAUGACAAAUGGUCACUGUAAUUACAUAUUCAAACAGGAAGUCCUCACUCAGCAGGCAGCUUGGGAAGCGGAGAGACCAGUAAAACCUAUUUUAGAAAGAUUAUUCAAAGACAAGACGUUAGUGUGCUGCAGGACAGCUUGGGAUGACUUUGAAAAAAUCGUAAACACCCUUGGUGGACCCAUGGAAAUAAAAAGAACACAAGAAUUAAAGAAUGUUGUCAAAGUAUAUCCUGAUGACUAUGGUGGUGAAGAUGAUUAUCCAAGGAAGAAUUUAAAAGUAAGAGGUCAUGUUAGAUUAAGAUCCAAAAUUAUUUUUAAUUUUGGGCAUAGGAUCAAAGCUCUUACAGUUUCAGCCAAUGAAGGAUUCGUCAGGGCUGCUAUGCAACAGGGUAUAACAUAUGCAUCAUUUGUACAUGAAUCAAGAGCUUUGACCGAGAGCAAAGAGUCAACAGCAACAAAGAUCUCAUUAUGAUAUUUUAUAAUUUUUAUUUGCAAAUGAAUGUUUUUAUGGAGGCAAGAAAUAUAAGUCAAUUAUUAUAUAUCUUUAAAAUGGUUAUAAACCAGCGAAAAAAUUAUUGCCUUUUAGUUUACAAAAUAUUAUCCAUUUUAUAUACCUAAAGAUAUGAGAUAUAUUGCCUUGAUCUCAAUAUUGCAAUUAAUAAAAUAAAAACUUUGGUUUAUUUCACUACCUUGUGAGUGAGAUCCCUAGCAUUUCACGUAAUAAAUGGCGAUGUGGUGAAUUGUGACAAAUAUAUCAAAAUUAAAAAUGGUAUGUAAGUUUAGUUACCAGAGGUCCAAACUCCAAACUCCCUUCCUAUUCCUGUGAUUUUCUAAAUACGCCAAUCCUCGACCCCUCCCCCUCCCCACUUCCACGGGCGGCGCUGCGUACGGUGACGUCUGCUCGUUUGCACCAUGUCCCAUAAAAAUGCAUAUGCAUUUUUUAUGCAGCCUUUGGUAAUUUGGUGUAGGUAAUGAUAUUUUUACAUAUUUACGUAAGUGCUGAAAAUGUGAUCAGAAAUAAGUCUGAAUAAAAAAGUUUAUUUCAUUGUCAUGUUGUUAUUGACAGUCAAUUUUUGAAAAGUUAC